AUGGCCGAUGAAAUUCGUAUUCGAUACGUUCAAGUCGCAUCCUCUCCAAACCCUACCUCGACAAAUAUUCCACCUAUAGACCACGAAUGGAUCUAUAGGUUCCAAAAACGACAUCCAGAACUUAAAAAAUCGAAUUGGAAGAUUACAAUUAGUAAACAAGAAUGGAUAAUUGUAUUUGAAUAUAUUAGUCCAAUUGAGAAGGCUUUAUCACCUAUGAUUAUUUUCAAGGCUCAAAAUACAAAUAUUAUAUGGAUUCCAAAGGAUGCAUUUCAAGAUUAG